UGGUGCUUGACGCUCAUUCUUUUGAAUUGCUGUGUGUGUCUUUUCUUCUCCCCUAUUGCUUCCUUUGCUCUACUCAUAAGGUUAUAUUAUUCUCGAUUUUCUCGUAAUGGUAUCCACUCGCAAAGGCAAUUAUCGUUCCUCCACUUCUCCAUUGCUUCAGGUACGGCUGUCUGUCAAAGUUCAUCCUAUAAUAAUCCAUCGUCUCGAUCUACAAAUGCUUUGUUGCCUCCUUCAAAGCAAAUCAAGAUGAUACUUUAGUGGUGACCUAGGUUACGCAACAUUAGCCUUGUGGAUUCGCAACCUAAACAAGGUGCCUCUUCACCCUUGCAUGGUGCGACUUCUUCAGUUUGAGCCUUUUGUGGCUCCUUUUGCUUCUCGACCCUCUACUUCGGAUUCCCCUACUUUGAAUAGAUCUACUCGCCCUUCUGUUGAUCCUUAAGUUUCUACUUCUUGGUUGUUUUUCGAGUACCAAAUGGUUGUUUUUCAGUGUGUUAUGAUCAUGAGGCGCCUCAUGUUAAUUCUGAUAUGUCUAGUGUGGUAUCUAAUUCCUCAUAUGAAAAUCACAUUGCUAUUGCUCGACUUGUGCAAUGUACUUGAAGGACUUCUAUUACAUCUCCUCGUCGCUCUCCUCAUGGUUCCUUUCACCCCACAGAGAAGGUUUCUGCUACCUCUGCAAAUUUUCUGCUCCAAAUGUUGAUGACUCUACCCCUGACGUUACUAUCAAAACCACUGCUCUUGGCAUUCCUGACCCUACGCUUGUGAAUAAUGUUGCACCCCUUAGUUCAUCUGCUCAUGUAGUGGGCACUCCUACUUCAACAGAAAGGGUGUCUCCUUCAGUUAGUUCUUUUGUGCCUUCACCUCCAAAGCCUCCACGACGUCCUGUUUUCAAGGGUAAAAAAGUUAUCAUUACAAAGGUUGGAAGAAGAAAGCUGCCACCAAGUUUCCUUUUGUUCCAAUUGAUGGGGUGUCAUUCCAUUUGUAGGAUAAUGUCCAAAAAUGGAAGUAUGUGGUCCAACGAUGCAUUGCAAAUAAGGUUUGUCGCCUUUGUGAUGGGUGGCUUUUCGACAUAAACUGUGAGUUUGAAUCUUCAUGGAGUGCACAAGCUGGUGUAUCUCUAAUCUUGGUGAGUUUAUCACCCGUGGUAUCUGACUAUUGAGAUAGUUUAUGGUUGAAAAAGUAGAAGCGAAGGGGUCGUAAAUGGUCAACGAAUCAAUGUUUGACAGCUAAACCGCUUUGUGAUAUCUAAUUUAGGGGGAACAUACCCUGGUGUACAUGAGACAAGUUCGGUCUAGAAUACUCCAAGGAUAUAGUAUCGGUAAACUUGGAUUGACUGUGUACAUCAUUAUUAUAUUUUGAUGUGUAUACAUUUGUCAAUAAUCAUGUACUUAUAAACUAUUUCAUAAGGCAAUAUACGAUCUUUUUCUAUC